AUGUCUCCUUUGUCACUUCCGUCCGCACGCGACGGUCCAAUCAGUUGGUCAACCACAACGGAUGAACCUUAUUAUACUGAUGAUGACUUGCUCAUUCUGCAUGACAUCGUUGUCCGCGCACAACAUAUCCUACCCACUCUGCUUCCACGCGAUAGACUACCCACCAAUGCCCUCUUUAGAUCAUACUAUGAAAUUCUCCCCCGAGUUGGCAUUGACACCGACCAUGAUAAUCGAUAUGCCAGGAUUUUGUUCAAAAUUGGCGCCCUACGAGAUUUCAAAGGCACACUUUUCGAAAAAUUUGAGGAAGUUUUAUCCCAAAGAGGUAUCACUCUUGAAUUUGAUACCGAUCGACGUGAAUAUCUACGAAGUAGCAAAGCUACUUCUCCAGAUGUCGCAGAUUAUAAGGAAAGCGACACUCUCUAUAAUGAUGAGAAUGAACCACCAUUACCACGACGCAAUUCCGAGACAGGAGUCUUGGAUAUGGAAAAUGCAGCUCAAGCACAAGCUCAAGCGCUUGAGCCAAAACAUAAAAGGAAUAAAUCCUUCUCUCCUCUACCUCUCGGGCCAGCCACACCCGCCAAAAUGAAUGAGCUAAAGAGCUUUAUAUCAGAAGCUACACGCGCAGUGUCGCCGGAGCCUCUCCCGGAACCUACACCGCAACCACCUAGAACCACGCAAAGAGGACGUGAAGAACGUGGCGUGAGUAAUGUUAGAAAUUGGCUAGAAGCCAGUGAGUAUGACCCACCUCGCAGACAUGGCAGAUCAGUUUCGACACAUGGCAGUAUUCGGUCAAUAAAUCGACACCCAGAGAGAGAUGCUCAGAGUGGGCGCGCAUCUGGUCGAAUCCCCCUUGAUAAGGUUACAAACGAACAUCAAGAUACAAGCGACGAGUUGACCACAACCACAGAAGCCGAAGAACAAUAUGACUCUAACGACGUUGUCGAAAGCAAGGUAUCUGUUGGAUGGAUGGAAGAAAGAGCGAAAAUUGUGUCCGAACAUUAUUUUGAAGAAUUUAUCAUUAAAAAACUCUAUGCAUGGCGUGAUCAAGCAAGAGCAAGUCUAGCACGAAAAGCACAUCUGGACGCCAUCGCGUCGAAACACGACAAUCACGCCCUGCAAGAACAGGCAUUUUCCACCUGGCUCGAAAUGGCUCGGGAAAAAAUGGAGGUGAAACGACAGCUUCAAGAAGCUCGGGAAGUCGCUGAAAGGGCUCAGCAAGCUCAUUUGGAAGCCCAGCAGAAGCUUCGGGAGAUAGAGGAGCGAUUUGUGAAACUCGAAAGAAGAGUUGAUAGAGCCAGAGAUCGUCAUCUCAAGCAUAAAGCUUUCACUCACUGGGCUGCGAUCACUCGCGAAAAGGUGGAGAUAACCAAAGUCGCACAGAGACAGAUUCUUAGAUCACGAAUGUUCACUGCUUGGAAGACUCAAACGGAAGAGACUGAGAAGAAAAAUAAGGAAAACGAGGAAAAAGCUCGAAAAUUCCAGUUGAGAAAGUUUUUCGGCAAAUUGAAAGCAAAGAAAGAGGAAAUUGAUGAGAAAUUGAAUAUGGCUUCUCAAGUGGCCAAGGGCAACCUUCUCGGGCGAGUAUUUUCGAAGUUGGCCCAGGAGAAAAAGGUGGUAGAAUUUACCCAACGAAUUGACGAAAAGAAUAAGCAACGGGCUUUAUCAACAUGGGUAGAAAAGACACAAGCUGUGAGCGAAGCCACUCAACUAGCGGAGGAUGAGAGAUUACUCAAUGUGGUUACGAAAACCAUGGAUAGCUGGAAAGAGAAAACGGAAACGCAAGUCGUACUCAACGCCAGAGCCGAGCGUGCAGCCAAGGCCAAACAACUGGGAAGUGCUUUCAAGAAAUGGCGUCUUGAAGCUCAAACAGCACCCGCCGAAAAGAAAGUAGUGGCUAGUCACAAUGCAAGCUUGUUGAAAAUCUCCCUAUCGAUUUGGAAGCUUCGUACCGAGCAAGAGAAACAAGCCACGGCGAUUGAUCAUGACAAGAUAAAACGUGAAGCAUUCACCGAGUGGCGACAUCAGACUAGGCUGAAAAGACUGAGAGCCAUUUCUGAUGACCGCGCUGUCGCGAAAGCAUCUAAAACCUGGAGAUUGGAGACGAAAUGUGCAGUUUUACAAAAAGAGAAGAAGGAAGAGACUAAAUCUGCGUGCUUAGAAGUCUGGUUUGAUAGGUCACAAGAUACACGAAGUAGGCGUUGGGAACGCGAAGAGAUUGCUCGACGACAUGACAACAAAACUGUCGCAGCCUCCGUCCUCAGACGAUGGUAUGUAAAAAUGAAUGAUCGUGCCGAGAUUGAGGCCCGAGCCGCGGACUUUCAAGCUCCACGAAUUCUAGGUCAAUGUUUCGAUUCUAUGCGCACGCAGCUCCAGCGGAUCGUCAAACUAAACAAGGUGGCUCGCGCUGCCAAUAAGUUCUUCGUGAUGAACAGCGCUCUAAAAAAGUGGAGACAGGCAACACAGAAAUCAAAACGAGAAAAGCGUAAAACUGCGUAUAUUCAAGUUCGAAGGAACAGAAAACUUUAUCUAGCAGGAGAUAUGUUUUCGCGUUGGCGACAAAAGGCGCAAGAGAAAAUGGCACUGAACGAACAAGCACUUCAGUUUGCCCAAGGUAAAACAUUUAUCAUAGGAAUGAACUCGUUUGAUCAGUGGAGGGCUCGUACGGAAGAAGUGGCGGAAUUGGAACCUCUUUGGAAAGAAGUGGUGAUGAGGAAAUUCUUCAAUAGGUGGAAGGAUCGUACCGAGUCAUUGCAGGUAUUGAACAUCGAAGCAACGUUGGACUUUCAAGAACGUCAGCAGAGCGAUGCCCUUAGGAAAUGGAGCUUGCGGACGAUGCAAACAAGAGCUAUGGCAAACACUGCAAAAGAAUUGCACGAUAAAAAUACAAGGAAAGGACACAGAAAGAUGUUUAACUACUGGCGACAGCGAACCGCGCAGCAACGUCCCUUCGUGGACAUAAAUUCGCCUCCCGGAACCGAUACAGCGGAGAAUUGGUCAGAUUUCGGAGAAGAAGUUGAUAUGGAUGAAAUCACGAAGAGGCUUUACGAAAAGGAUCCUCCGCGUAGAACGACGGUUCCAAUCAAACCUUCAUUGAACCCAAUCACCCCAAAACCAGGGUACAUGGCUACACCAUCUCGAAGAUCGCAACGAGUUCUUGCUGCAUCGGCGCGAUUUCAUUCAACUACGCCAAGGGCGCCAUUGACCACACCACUUGAGCGAGAAUUAAGAAAGGGAAUUUAUGGGACAUCCAUGCCCUUUUCCAAAAGAGGACGGAGUACAUUAGGAAUGAGUAGAGGAUUUCCAGACAUACCUGAAGGAUAA